AUGACGAUCCAAGGAUCAUCUCCAGGCCGUCGCCCUCAACUACAUGUGAUUGCCACGUAUCCCCGCGACGAAACCACCGCGUCCAAGAGACCAGCUCUCCCUCUGGCAGCGCUCAGCAUCGGAAUCCUUCCCAAGUCUUUGUACACCACCGUCAUCUUAUCCACCAGCCGGCCCAGGAAAUACUUGAGCAUGUCUUCUCUUAAAGGCCCGACCCCCCAGCAGCACGACGGCUCCGGCCUCCGCAUCGGCAUCGUCCACGCCCGCUGGAACGACUCCGUGAUUGCUCCCCUCGUCGCUGGAGCCAAGGAAAAGCUGCUCGCCUGUGGUGUCAAGGAGUCCAAUAUCGUGGUCCAGUCGUGUCCGGGAUCCUUUGAGCUUCCCUUUGCUGUUCAGCGGCUCUUCUCUGCCUCCCAGAUCCAAUCCACCUCGGCUGGCGCCCCUUCGGCAACAGAUCUGCUCGCCUCUUCAACAACAGACCUGACGUCUCUCUCCAGCGGUGCCGCGUCGGGUGCUUUUGACGCCAUCAUCGCUGUCGGCGUCCUUAUCAAAGGUGAAACUAUGCAUUUUGAGUACAUUGCCGACGCUGUGUCCCACGGCCUUAUGCGUGUACAGCUAGACACAGGUAUUCCUGUCAUUUUUGGCGUCUUGACCGUGCUAAGCGAUGAGCAAGCUCAGGCCCGCGCCGGUAUCAAUGGAAAGGGUCAUAACCAUGGCGAGGAUUGGGGCUUGGCUGCUGUCGAGAUGGGCGUUAAGAGAAGGGAGUGGACCCAAGGCAAGAUCGAAGGGUGA